AUGACUAAAUUCUUGGGCAAUGAUAGCAAUUGUGGCCAAAAUAUGUCGGCUUUCGUGAAAUUCUGGUUGUCUUCCAGUCUUUUGCUUUGCUCUUCAGUCCUCUUCCAACAGAAACUGAACUCAAACCGACUGUCCGGUGAUCUUAUGGCUCGGGAUUGCAGUGUAUUGAGUGUUAACUCAGUCACUCUUACCCCACAUUUUAGGAUUAAUGAUCGUAGAAGUGGACAGUUGUUAAUCAGAGCACAGAUUCCGGUGUCCGAUAAAAGAAGACAACACAAGUGCAACAGAAUAGUGACACAUGACUUGUACAGGGAUGAGGUCCACCACUCGGGACUGUUACCAUUCCCACACGAAUGGCAAUACGACUUACCCUCUCUGAAUAAAAGCGAGAAUUUGUUGAUAUAUGGCGUGAAUUCAUCGAAACAAAACAUUUAUAUAGCAAUCAAAUGGAGACCAAAAGGAGUGGACAAUCGGGUCAAAGCAUCUAUAAGUCUUAGAUUUGAUGACAACAACAGUAAUACCUAUACCUUAGAGGAGGACUCGGAGGUUGAGUAUCGGCCCAAUGAGUACAGAAUGGGUGGACUCGGACUAGAGAUCAAUACUCCGUUCAGACGCAAACGGAUUAAGUUUAGGGGAUAUCUCUCCAAAAAUGACAACCAAUUAGUUUACGUGCGCUUCCGGUUCCUAUGGUAUGCCGUCUCAAGAGUUUACGACUUCACCCACGACUUUGACGAUCACUUUAUGGCCAAAGAGAUGGCAUUAUCACCAAAAUCGGACACAAGUGACAACCGAUUUGAGGACCGAUUCGAGCAAUUCGGACAAAUAAAGGGUACUUUCGGGGAAGAGUUGACAAAUGAAAGGGAGCUAUACUUCUGGGGAUCUAUGAGCAAAAAAGUUGACUUAAGCGGAGGUAAAGGGAGUUCUUUAGCGGUUCUCAAGAGUUUGUCCGAAGAUAUAGUUAAAGAAGACUAUGAAAACCAAUUCAUUGUACCGAAUGGUGUGAUUGUCACCACUUAUGCCUAUCAGCGACUUCUUCGUGACCACAAAGAACUGUUGCAAGAGAUCCAAGAACUGGAAGAAUCCACACAAUUAUCACCGAAAGAGCUGAAGACUAAAUGCGAUGAACUAAUGAAUUCAAUAUCAGCUCAUAGUUUACCACAAGUUAUAAAACAAGAUAUAAAACAUAAAUUAAGCGAAAAUUUCAACGAUUUUGAGACAAAACAAUUUGCCGUCAGAUCUUCGGGCGCUUCGGAGGACUCGGAGGAGAUGUCAGCCGCUGGACAGAUGUCCACAUACUUAGGCGUCAGAGGUCUUGAGGAGAUCUACUCAUCGGUGAUGAUGUGUUGGUCCUCACAGUUCUCGCACAUCGCCGUCCAGUAUAAGAGAGGUUACGGACAGCCUAUCAAUAGUCCGAUGGCUGUCGUCAUACAGGAGAUGAUUGACUGCCAAUCAGCGGGCGUUAUGUUCACAUGUGAUCCCAUGACCGGCGAUGAGAGACAUCUGGAGAUUACAGCAAACUAUGGAUUAGGAGAAUCAGUGGUGUCGGCGUCUUCAGAACCAGACACAAUCAAAGUGUCCGUCAAUAUUGAGUCCAACUCUCUGUCCACACGAAGACGUGUCAAUGGGAUUGAAUCUAAAGUGAUCGGACAGAAGAAGACAUUAAUCAAGUUGUCUGAUAGCGGAGGUACUGUUGAGGAAGAGGUGGACGACCCGAGUAAUUGCUGUGUCAGUGAUGAUCAUCUGAUCCGUUUGGCCGACAUUGGACUUCGAAUUCACAAACACUACGGAAACGCCAGGGAUAUCGUAACACUUGACAGACCUCCACAUCCUUUACAAGGACUUGAACACGACUUUGUGUGCCCUUAUAAACAACUGUCCACCACUACGGGUCUUAUACCUGAAAUAUCACCGAACAGUCCGUUUGAGUUAUGGCUGGAAUUCAUAUGGAGUCCUAUGACUCAAGAACAAAGGGAUCGGACCCGAGGGGACCGGGAGUUGAAGACUCCGAGGGCUGACAUAUAUUGGCCGCAACUGCUAUCAUUGCCCAAGAAUUUAGUCAUAUAUUGUCGCGGAUUUAAUCGCAAGGAUAACACUAUGGAUGAAAGGCGUCGAUAUGUGCAGCAAUUCACGACUAAUAAGACUGAUGAUGUGAAUGACCAUGGUAAUGCAUGUGCAUAUGUGCAAGGUUGGACAAAUAGGGAUCCUAAUAUGAAAAAGUAUUGCUAUUAUGGGUUUUAUGGCACUGAUGUGGACCCGAAAAAGGUGUCCGAUUUGAUUGUCCACAAUAGGAGUCAUUCGCCGUAUAGAGACCCAAACACCCGGAUGAGAGUGCGGUUGCCUCCCGUGGAUUUCACCUGGGACUUCGUAUAUAACCGCACACUACCCUAUCCAUAUGCCUAUAAUUUAUAA